GUCAUAUUGGCUGCGAGGAGCAGCAGCGAGCACGGUUGAGAAGAAGACCCCCACCAUGACGAAGAACGGGCUUUCGCUGCCCUUAAAAAUAUUCUAGCCUUUUAAUUUUUUUACUAGUAUUUAACUAAAUAAUUUGAAGAUAAUCGGGAUGAUACCGUCAAGUAUCCGCGAACCUUUAGUGCUUUCAUCCGACACCGUGGUCCGCCAGGGGGAUGUAUGCCUGACUUCUCCUAAUAGCCAUUUUUUGCAGACAAAGAGAGCCUGUGAAUAGAGCUUUCAAAGGCAUACGGCUCCCCGGGGCUCCUGUUGAUGAAGAAAGUGGGCAACAUGUGGAGCAACCUGAAGAGCAAAUGUCAGACUCUGUUUCACAGCAGCAGCUCAGGACCUGGAGAAGGUAGGCCGGACGCAGACGCUGUCCACUGCGUGCUUGACCUAGGACAAGGAGACAGCUCUGAGGAGGCUCAGGCUGCAGAAGCUCCAAGCCCAUCGCGGAGCCUCAUGCCUGUUCCCAUGGUAACAGCAGGACGCCGUCAUCACAACUGCGUGUCAGACAUCCCUCAGAUAGUAGAGAUCACUCUGGAUAAGGACACUGAGGAUGUGAGAGGGGGCUCAGGUGGGGUUCCUCUCGCCCGCAGAGACUCUUAUUCCCGUCAUGCCCCAUGGGGGGGCAAGAAAAAACAUUCAUGUUCCACCAAAACUCAGAGCUCACUGGAGGCAGACCGACGGUCUGGCCGUUUACGGGGGAGUGGGAACCGCAGGGACCGGCGUUAUGGCGUCAGCUCCAUCCAGGAAAUGAGCGACUCUGUUUCUGCUGGGCGCGGUCUGAAUGCUCGUUCUCUUAGACAGAGGCUGAGUGACACAGUGGGUCUAUGUUUGCCCCUCCCCCCUCGUAGACGCUCACGCUCGGCGAAGAACCCAGUGACCUCCAAACGAAAGAUCCACCUGACAGAGCUGAUGCUGGAGACCUGCCCCUUUCCUCCUGGAUCAGACCUCGCUCACAAGUGGCACCUGAUCAAACAGCACACAGCGCCAGUCAGCCCGCAUUCCUCCACCGCCCUGCUUGAUGCCUUUGACCCAGCCCAUCCCUCCCCUGAGGACGAGGAGGAGCGUCUGCGUGAACGCCGUAGACUCAGCAUUGAGGAAGGUGUGGACCCCCCACCCAACGCACAGAUUCACACCCUGGAGGCCUCCGUGCCGGGUUCCUCUCUCUACAAACUGGGACCAAAGAUGGCCCCUGGCAUGGGGGAGGCCUCUGGGGAGGCACGGGCCUCAGGGUCCAGUAGCUCUUCAGGUGCUGCUUCAUCAGGGGCCUGUGCAUCGUUGUUGGGUGCUGCAUCGGCUCAGGACUGUGACUCAGAGGAGGACUCAACUACGCUCUGUCUGCAGGCUCGGAGGCCCAAACAGAGGCACGCAUCAGGGGACGGACAUGUCAGCCGACAGCAACCAGGGCCCUGGAAGGUCCACACCCAGAUAGACUACAUCCACUGCCUGGUCCCAGACCUGUGGCAGAUCACAGCUCUGCCCUGCUACUGGGGCGUGAUGGACCGUUAUGAAGCAGAGGCGUUGCUUGAUGGGCGGCCGGAGGGCACCUUCCUGCUGCGUGACUCGGCUCAGGAGGUCUACCUCUUCUCCGUUAGCUUCCGCCGUUACAACCGCUCGUUGCAUGCCCGCAUCGAGCAGUGGAACCACAACUUCAGCUUUGACGCUCACGACCCAUGUGUGUUCCACUCGUCCACUGUCACAGGGCUGCUGGAGCACUACAAGGACCCCAGCGCCUGCAUGUUCUUUGAACCGCUGCUCACAGCGCCCCUCAAUAGGACCUUUCCCUUUGGCCUGCAGCACCUGGCUCGGGCCGCCAUCUGCCGCUGGACCACUUACGAUGGUAUAGGCUCUCUGCCGCUUCCCCCCGCCCUGCAGGACUUCCUCAAGGAGUAUCACUAUAAACAGAAAGUACGAGUCCGCUGGCUGGAGAGGGAACCGCCAACCAAGGUCAAAUAGGGCGGGGCCUCUCUUAGCCUGCACACACGCUGCAGGAGGAUUACACAUGGUGAAGAGCUCCUCAUUAGAGCUGUAGAGACAUCACUCUGUUUCUGGUGGGGGAUGAAAUCUAAAUGUAACAAGCUAUACAAGAUUCAUUCUAAUCUUUGUUUUAGUUAUUACUUACAUCACAGAAAAUACAUAUGAUUAUAUUCAGUAUAACGCUGUCUGGCAAGCACAUGUUUUUGUGUUGAACAGGUUGUUUUGACCAGGAGGGAGACACAAAUAUCACAGCUUUGUGUCUUUUCUCUCCUGCUCUGUGCUAAAUGUCUGCCUGAUCCCACCACUUCAUCACCUGCCUGUACACCUGCCUGCAUGCCUCCCUCUUCAUCCCAAACUGCUAUUGAAGCCCACACGGCUCCAUUGUACAGUUCACAUUGUGCUCUCCCUUUUUUCUUUCUUCCUGAGCUUGUCAAAGCACCGAAUGGAGCACCUUCACAGGAGGUGUGUGUGGGCGGAGAGGGCAUCUGGAGGUGCUAUUGGUGUAUUGCAGUCACAGCUCGUCCCAUGGACAGAGCUACAUACUUCAGCAUCUCUUUGCACACGUGAGCUUCAGCUGAGAUGGGACAGAAUCGGAGAGAUCAGGGAAAUUAAGUGAGGAUGUUAGAUUAGUCUUGAAACACAGGCUCCUCCUCAAGCAGUUGUGGUGACAGAUGAUCAGUAUGCUAUGUCGAGAGCAAGCCGAACUUGUCGACUUUAUUCCCACUUUGUGCUCAUUUCAAAGCAGAAGGACAGACUCUAAAGAAAUAUUCAGGCCUUUGUUGUAGGUGUGAAAGCAGUCAGCUCUGUGGUGCAUACAUAAACAUAGUAUAAUUUAGGGAAACACUGGAGCAUUUUGGUGUCUUUAUAAAAAUAUAUAUUUGGCUUCACACUUUAGUUUUACACCUGCUUCCUUCAGUCAACAUCUUUGGGGGUAUUUUACAUACAGAAAGCAUCAACCCUGCAUGUCCCAAACUACUUUUUAAGGAAUUAGUAUCCUCAUUUUUUCAUGUGGAAUUGAUUAUCAAUCAGAAAGUUGUGUUUAUGCUCAUCACAGAUUCUCAAAUUGAAUUACUAUUCUUAACUAAAAGUCCAUAACCCAAAUAAGAAAGAUUGAUCCCUUUAAAGGCUGCAACAAGCCACUUUAGGUAUUUCUGCUUAUGACAAGUACAGGCCAAUAAUUAAAAUAGAUGUUGAUUUAUUGCCGCAGCUUUUUAAAUUUUAUUUUAGACACUUGUUUUUCUGUAACUUCCACAGAGGUCAGCAAACAUUUCUUUUUGCCUCCUCAUAUUAAAACUGCCUCCGAACUCUAAAUUAGCCCGACAGAAGAAACAUAAUUUAUAUAUAUGUGAUGUAACCUUAAUUUCUGUUUUCUCUUAACUUAUGUGUUGUUUAAAAAUAUAUUUAUUAAUUUCAGAAAACAAUCCUUUAAGCCACAGCGAAAGGGGACCUUAUGUUACUUAACCUGCAUCUGGCAGAUCUGAGGUGCUAAUUUAAUUCCCUGGUUUACGGUGAUGGCUUCCACACAUCACAGCUUAAUUUUAGAAGGCCUCACCCAUGACUAAAUCUUAAUUGCCCAGUGUUUUUAGUAGUAGUAGUUAAAGCGUUGACUGCAGCUGACACUCAUUUGAGUUAUGUAAUCUGACUGGCUGUAGUUGUGUGUCUGUGUGCAAACGUGAAUAGAGCUGCAACAUUAAGGACUAUAAGUCCACUCCCAUUUUGUCAGUUAAAUCUCUGCACUUUUAUUUAAAAGCAACAGCAUCUCAGGCUGGCAACUGGACAUAUCAAGACUCAGAAUAACCCUGGAGUGAUCUAAGGGUUUUUAUCCAAAGCUUAAUUAUCCACACAGGCCUCCUCCUCUCCAAAACAAGCAGAAACUGUGAAUAAAACCUGUAAAAACACAGAAUAAUGCAGUAUCAUGUUUAAAAUCUCUCCAAAACACUUUAAAAGGGUUGCAAGCCAAGCUGUUGAUAAUUGAAGCAUAACAUUUUUUUUUAUUUUGGAUUCCUAGUUAUCAUAAACUCUGUGUUUAUGAUGAAAGUGAUAUGUUUUAAAAAUGUAAGGAAGUUGUCAGCUGACAGUCUGUGCUCACAGAAACUCCUAACAUGUGUAUUACAGGUACCACAGGUAGAGGAAAAUAUCCUAAUCUUGAUAUUCGAAAAUAAACGUCAUUGACUGACAAAAUCAGGGUGUCAGGAGUCAGAUGCAAUCCAGGAGCUUGUUCUGGACAAAAACGCUGUUGGCUAGUUGGGCAUUUCUGUUGUGCUUGAAUUAUGGACACAAAGAAAUCUUAACCUCAGUGCCUUUUUAGAAAAUUGUGAAUUUUGUUUUAGUUUGUAGUCCAAACCUGAAAUAAGAGGUGCUUCAAAGACACUGAGACUGAAUAAAUAAAGAGCUCAAAGCUUAAUUAAUGGUGCACAGUCCAGUUUUUGUUGUUGUUAACGUGUUUGUGGUGCUAUGACAGAUUUAAAUGUUUUACAAUACAUUGGAUAAACAUGUCUCUAACCUCAUAAUGGCUAGUAUUAAACUAGUUGUGGAUUCAUUUGCAGCCUUGCUGUUGAAUAUUUCAGAGCAAGAUAUCAACAUCCAAUCUUCACAUGCAGUCUAUAAGCAGAAAUACAGAUCCUAAUGAGAGGGCAGAAAGCCAAACUUUACUGUGAUGAUCACAAACGGUGUUUAAGCACACACACGCUGCCUGGAUUGAUAAAGCUGGGAAGGACAACUUUUAUGGAACCAGCAAAACAUUUGUAAAGUUUUCACCAAGGGCUGGAUGAGGCAGCAAGAUGUGAUGUUUUUUCUUUUUUUCUAAAGAUAUGCAUCUAUAGUUAUAACUAGUGUUUAUGGUAUAAUUAUAUAUUAUAUAAUUAUAAGAAAGCAGGACCCUGAAGAAACCAGAAAUAAAGCAGUUUCCCUUUAAAAUCCGGUAGCCCUCAAUACAACCAAAAAGCUACUUGCUAUGGGACUGGCAAGCUGAUGUCUGCUUUGGGCAGAUGGGUAAUUACAGAUUUCAUUAACACCGAAACCAGCUGGAAUUUUUUUCUCUGCAGAUUUUGCAUUCCCUGAGCAUAAUUGAUUUGAUUUCGCAAAUGUAUUGCAAAAUGUGCUGCAUAGAUCGCCUACCCUUGCUUAAAAAUCUAAAUGGCCUAAAACUCGUAAGAGCUUGUGUGCAUAUGAGUGUGUGAGUCAAGAAAAGCCUCUUUAUUUAAAAAGAAAUGUCAUUUAAGGAACUUGAAAUCUAUUCAGAUGUGAACCCUGAAGGUCAGGUGUAAAACUAACAUUUCAGAGUUAUCCAAUCAUUCUGGUCACUGCAGUUAUCUUAAAAUCUGUUUUAUGAAUCGUAUGGGUGUCUGUUUGUGGGGCUCUCCUAGAGAGAGAUAGGAUCAAACUUAUCCUAUGUGACAGUUUUGAUUAUGCUCAGCAGUCAACAAGGUGCAGUUUUCACCAUCAAGGGUUGCACUCCUGUUAGCUGUAAUAUGGUAGUUGAGCUCUCAGCAUGCUGUGAUUCUUGUGAAGUACGAACUCGCAGCCCACAUGUCGCUCUGCCUUAAGAAUUUGGAGUCUUACUAAUAAAAUGGCACACCGCAAGGUUUGUCUGCUUAACUAUAUGCAAACAUUUUCUUUGAACGCAUAAUGACUAUUGGGGAGAAAAGCUGUUAAAAAGUGAUGCCAACCCCCACCCACUACUACUAGGACUCUAUUUAGCCUUCUACGUUGUGAGCUUUAAAGCAGCAAUAAUAAUGGAAUUUGGCUUUCAGUAGCAUCAGUUCUUGUGUUGUGAUUGUGGCAGACUUGUGGUCAUGAGAGUCCAGGUCUCUGCACUUUAUACAGGUAUGUUUGUCGCACUGGUCUAGGAUGCAGCCAACUUUUAGGACUGAAAAAAAAAAGAAAAUUAAAAGUAUUAUUUUAUUGUACAUCUCAAACUUUAUAUCAGUCUGCCUAAACAUGAUGUUUUUAUCAGGCAGGAUCCCGGUCUGAUUAUGGUAAAUGGAUCGUAAUUACUGACCUUUUCCCUCUUAAAUUUCAACCACCUCUACUUUACUCUUAAACAUGACUCAUGUUAGCUCAUCUGGAGGAGUGGGGGGUAGCUGGGAAUAAAGUUUACAUCUGGCUUGCUUCAUGUGCACUUUUCAGGAUUUUUAUUGAAUUUUACCUCUUUUUUAAAACUAUCCUGCUUACUGUCAUCUGUCACCUGAAUCCAAAGUCCUGCCCCUCUCACAGGCUUUUUUUUUUACUGUGAUUGGGUAAAUCUCCUAAUGUGAAAAAUAAACUGAAGGCUGUUUUUGCCACUGUUUCUGUGAGGUUAACAUCAAGGAGGAGGAGGAGAGUGUCUGAGAGCUUCCUGUUACUGCAGCAUGCUCACAUAAAGCGUAAGGGUUUUGUUGAAGUAAAAAGCACUUUAAUUGUGUACUUGUGUUCUACAGUGUGAGAGUAUCAGGACUGGUUUCUGUUGUUUUGGCUUUCCUCUGCUGCAGGUCAGGUUUGAAAUAUCUAGGUUGGGUGACAACUUUAAGCUUUCAUCUGAGUCCUAAUACUAUGAAAUGUCCAUUUUCUAACUUAUUUAGCAAAGUUGCAUCAUCAUAUUGAUUAUGAAGUUAAUGUAUGAUUCUAGGCCGGACUGCCUCUGACAGAACAUCUAACAACAACCAAUGAGAGUGAGCAGACUGAAUAGCGUCACCAACAAGAUGUUAACUACUUUCACAACUUUACCUUCAUUUAAGCCGGGAUUUCACUCUUCCUUUUUUUACUUGAUAUUUUGCUGCAACUAGAACACAUGACAGGACAGUUGGCUGAGGAUUUCAAUUAUCUGCCAUGUUUGUUUGAUCAUGAGAUUUUCUGAGUGAAAUCUCAACUGUGAAAUUGUCACUGCAUACAGCAGGUGUGUGGUCUCAGUCUGAGAGCAUCUAGAUUAAUGUAAGAAAAUCAUUUAGUGUGUGGCCAUCCUUAAAUAACUACUUGAAAGUUCUGCUGACCCUAUUCUCUCUGCCAAAUGAAGCUUCGCAUCUCUAUUCUUAGUUUUUUUUCUUCUUUCUACAACUGCCACCUUCACGUGCAGCUCAAAUAACUUGGUCACUAAGUGACUUAAAAUGCCACAUCAAAGUGAAAUUGUAGAAUCAUUAAUGAAGGGUUAUCCUGGCCAAAAUGUAGUUGUUUUUGGAGAAAUAAAAACAUCCCCACCUGAAGCUGAUGCUGCUCCUAAAGCCUGACUUUUCCUCAUGUUUCCUGUAGAAAAAGUCUACCUGAAAAGGGCUUUAACACCUGCUUUUUUUACAUCCAUUAUAAACCCAAACAUUCUUCAAGCUGAGAGUUUGCAGUUAACCCUCUUGGUUCUCAUUAAAACCCUGAAAUGCCGCAGUGAAACGCCAAAACACCCAACGUGUCUGAAUUUUGCUGGCGUUGCUGUUUCUGUUUGAGCUCAUGGAGUCAAGAUGUGUGUUUAGAAAAAGUGGGCGGUCCUGAAAUAUUUCACUGAUGGUUGUUUGGGAGACGUGUUGACGGAGCUGCAGACUAGCUGCGUGUGUGUGACGCCUUUUUUUCAGAGCCACACAUACACACAGGGAGGAGAUGCAGGGUCCACUGUGAGGGGUGAUGACUCUGACUCUUAUGAACAAUAACUCUUCGCCCCAUCCACUUUAAUCUCAGGCAGGCCCGAUGUGAGGAGGAGUGUCCUCUCAGCCCAGUUUUCCCCAUGGGAAAUAUGUGACGUAGCACAUGAUGUUCGCCAUUUAACCCGUAGAUUUAGGAGAAAAAAAACCUUGUAUGUAUGUAUGAUGAGUGACCUUAUUCUUCUGUCUGCAACACAUUCACAUUUGCACACACUUCUCGCUCUGUCACACCUCUCCUGACACCUGCACUAACCCAGGUAUUCACUGACACCCCUCCUCCAACUGAAACCAAGGGGGGUCUUCAUGGACCACAUUUAGCUACACCCCCUCCUUUGUGCCCCUCCAUAAAGAGAAGCAAACAUGGUGUUUACAUGUCAAUUCUGUGAUCUUAUGAAAACAGUAAUGCCAAUGAAUCUGUUUGACUUUGUCAUCAGUGUGACAUCGUGUAGCUGCACUACGAGAGCAGGAAACCACUGAGUCUCCCCCUCCCCUCACCCAUCUCUGUACGGCUCGUGGUUUCAGCUCAGAGGUCGGCUCAGACUGCAGGAGUUUUGAAAUCUAGAUUCGUCACACAAUAGUAGAAAAACUUCUCUCUUGUAAGAUCAUGCAAUGCAUGUUGGAAUAAAGAAGACAAAAAUGA